CGGCGCCACCCCUCUGACCGCAUCUCAUCACUGACUUUCCCAGCCCAACAAUAGCCGGGGAGCGCCCGGCGUAACGCAUGCAGACAACGUCGCAGCCUUGAGCUGAUGGUCGUUGCAUACGUCUUUUAUUAUGGCAGGUCGAUACUCGACAGAGUUUCUGCUGCAUCUACGCCAGUCGCCGCUAUGCGUCAAGCCUCCAAAUCUGCCCCCUCCCGAGGAGUGGAUGGGGCCACCCCCGGAGACCAUUCGCAACCAACAAAAGGCAGCCAAUGAUCGUACCAAAGGCGGUGACAAUCUGCUCCUGAACCAAGACAAUCGGCGGGGGCCGCACGACCGCGGUGGGCCCAGAAAUGCAGCAAAUCCCGACGAACUUAUCCUCGGCCCGCCGCGCACGAGUUUCGCAUCUGCCACCUCCAUCCGCAACCCCCGACCCGGAGAUGUCGAGAAGGGAUUCAGGGACUCGGAGCGGCAGGAUCGUGCUGACCGCUUUAACUUCCGCAACCGCGCCAACGACUCGGAGAGCGGCGGCGACAGAUUUGGCAGAACUGCUAGGGACGACCGCAACAACGGUUUCCGGCGGCGCGGUGAUCAAGAUCAAGACAGUGAGGGCUGGAGCACCGUGAAACCGCGUAAGAGCUUUGGUAACGAGGGUGCCGAGCGUUUCCAUGGACGCAUGGGUGGUGUCGGCGCUGGCGACCGCUUUGGUGGCCGGGACGACCGACGGUUACGCGACCGCGAUGACCGAGAGAGUGGAGACCGCCAAAACCGGAGCCGCAACUUUGACCAUCGCUUGCGGGACCAGGAUGGCGACGAGCCUGAUACCCCGCGCAGAAAUGGACUGGCGCGGGGCAAGUCAGAUUUGUGGUUCAGGGAGAAUCCGACGGGCAACGGCAAUGAUGCUCCCAUGUCCCAGCGAGAACGCAUUGACAGGAUCAAGAGCUGGCGCGACAGAGACCCCGAGGACAGGCCGAACGAUCGGCACGGCGACCGAAACGACCGGAACUACGAGCGGAGGUGGGACCGUGACCGCCAGGGCCGUAUCGAGAACGACCCCGAGUGGCUUGACGAGCCCGCCGAGGAGAAAGCACAGGGCCAUACGGAGGAGGACUUCAAGAAGUUCAUGGAAGAAAUGAAGGCCGCCAAAGGUGGCGCUGCCCCGAAGCCGGAAGAGAAGCCGGCCAUGACCUUCGACGAGCCUGCCACUAGCACCGCUGCCGAGACCGAGCAAAAGGUCGUCUCGGCGCCCGCCAUAGACCAGGGCCCAGACAAGUUCUUUGCCACCUAUGGCAGCACCACCAUUGAUGUGAAUGCUGCCGUUGUUGAAGCCAAGGAUGCGGCGAAAGCAAGAGCAGGCAAGUCUUCGAGAUUCAUGGCUUUCCUGGCUCCCCAAGACGAUAGCCGAGCAAAGACAGAGCCGACAACACCCGCAGCAGGAAUUCCUCAGCCCGGCGAGAAGGCUACGGCGCCGCCACAACAAAGGGAUGCCGAAAAGGAAGCAUUUGCCCUUCUACUUCAGAAGCUACAGCGGUCAGGGAUUGGCUCGGCACCUCAGCCGAGCGUUCCGCCGGCUCAGACAGCCCCCAACAAGUUCGCCGAGGCCCAGUUCCAGGAGCUCCAGCAGAAGAGUGCGGUUGCGUCCCCGGAGCCGUUUCAGCAAUACGGUAACAAUGAUAGACGCGAGGAUCCGCGUAUGCGUCAACACUCGAUUCAUGACAUGCUGUCGCCCCGACCAGUCGGCCUCCCAGGGCCCCCUCCCCCCGUUACGCGGCCGGAACAGGCCUUGCAGGAUCUCCUCGCUCAGCGGCAUCAUUUUCCCAGCCAAGCGAAUGCACGUGCGGCUCAGAACGUCAUCGCGGUCAACCGCAAUACGGAGUUCCUUAUGGGUCUCAUGCAGAGCCAUCGCGACGCCCCCGAACCACCCCGCACCGAACAGCUUCUCCUCCGUAUGCCGCAGCCCACCAAACAGGUAUCGCUGGCCAGCGUACCGGACCGCGAGCAAGACUAUCACCGUGAGCGAAGCGCGUCCCAGCGGCAGCCACUGCGCGGCCAGAGUGGCCCGCCGGGCUUCCUCGACGACAACCAGUUCCACCCUGGAGAUGUCGAGACCCGUCCGCCCCCGCAACCCACACAGAUCCUGCAGCGCCCGCAUGCGCCGCCUGGUCUGGACCAUCAGAUGCACCCCUUCGUCAUGGGCGGAGUCAACCCCGCAGCCGCAGCGGCUGCAGCACAGAUGCCUCCUCAGCGGCCCAUGAUUCCACCCCCCGGCCUCCUCAACAAUGGACCGCGCAAUGUCCCGAUGCCGGGCAUGUUCCCACCCAACUUCCCCCCUCCGCACGCUCACGGACACGGAGGCCCAGGCGGACCGGGCAGCUUUGCCCCUGGACCCCCUCAUUCUGCUCAUGGCGGUGCACCGCCCCCUCCUGAUGGGUUGGUUGGCCCGCCUCCCCAGCCCGGUCCACAGCGCUCCAUGCAGCCACCUCCGGGCUUCUUCGGCGGCCCUCCCCCGCCGGGGUUCUUGCCACACCUUGGCAUGGCAGGCGGUGGCGGAUUCCAGGGACCGGACGGUCCGCAACCCCCGAGUGCAGGACCAGGCCCCUUUAGAGGGGUGCCAAGCCCGUUUGACAGAUUGGAGCAGAUCGCAGCGAUGGAGAGACGGGGCAUGCUGCCUCCGGGAGGUUAUAGGGGUCCUUGAGCGAUUCCGACUUUAGGGAUCAUGGAAGGUCGUGAAGCUCAGCGGGGUAUUGCUUCCUUCCCUCCUUAGCGUACCCAGCGACCUAGGCUUUCGGAACUUCGGCGGUACUGAGAUAAAAGACAAUUAGUGGCAAGGGGAGGAGCGGGUUGGUCGAGCAUGGACAAGCGGACAGGAGCAG